AUGCGCCUCGUCCUGCUCUCGACGCUCCUGGCGUCAUUCACCGGCGCGGCCCUCGCCAAGCCCGAAAAGAUCAGGGGCGUGAGCGACCCCGUCUACCACUUGUACCUCCAGGCGUACGCGAAGGACAAGACGAUCGCCGUCCUGGGGCCCGAGGCGUCGGCGGAGUCCUUCAACAUCGCGGGGUCCAUCCAGAGCGCCAACUCGAGCUCGUACCUGAACAUCGGAAGCGAUGCCACGUCGUACAAGACGCUCAGGUUCGGCAACGCUUCGGAGACCAAGGCGUGGGGGCUGGAGGGGGACACCAUCAUCACGACCCAGGGAAGCACUUGGGGCCGUCAGCUUAAUUUCCUGGUCUGUCAACUGGAUACCGGGUACUGGCAGUUGUACCUGCAGACUGGGAGCGAUGCGCCCAGCGGCAGGACCUGCAGCAAUUAUCAGACGAUUCACCUGCCAUGCCUGUGCUAG